ACUGACCUAAAAGAUAAAAACAAUCUCAUCAUGAAUUCCUCUUCUUUGCUCCAUACAUUCCUCAUCCUGACCCUUCUAUUGGGCCUUGCCAAACCAGACCCAGACCCACUUCAAGAUUACUGCAUUGCUGAUUCAAAAGCCUCUUUUUACUUGAAUGGCGUGCCUUGUAUCAACCCAAACCUCGCAACUACUGCCUAUUUCACCACAUCAGCUCUUGCCAAGGCUGGUAACACAAGGGCCAACCCUUUCGGCUUUAAUGUCACACUCACAAAUACUGCUAUUUUGCCUGGGAUAAACACCUUAGGUCUGACCUUGGCCCGGGUUGAUCUCGAUCCGAGCGGGAUCGUGCCACCUCAUUCGCACCCGCGGGCUUCUGAGGUUACCAUUUGCCUAAAGGGUUCAAUUCUCGUGGGGUUUGUUGAUUCUUCUAAUAAUUUGUAUACCCAACAGUUACGGGACGGGGAAUCAUUUGUAUUUCCAAAAGGAUUGAUUCAUUUCCUGUCUAAUAAUGACCCUAUGAGACCAGCACUUGCUAUUUCCGGGCUUAGCAGCCAAAACCCAGGAGCCCAAAUCGCUUCUCUUUCAGUUUUCAGAUCAAACCCCUUCAUUCCAGAUGAUGUUGUGAAGAAAGCAUUUCAAAUCACAAGCCAAGAUGUAAUGAGGAUCCGUAGGAACCUUGGAGGAUAAUAAUGCUUUAAGCAAGUCCGCACCCUUUUCACGCAAGCCCACUACAUAUGCAAAUAAACCACCUACCUAACACCUAUCUUGGCCAGUCUUGAUAGCAAUUAACACGAGGACAUCUCUUAUAUUUUGGAAAUUUUAGAAAGGUAGAAAUAUUUAUACUAUGUUGCAUAUUAUUUAUAAAAUUUAGUAUUUAUUCCCAUGAUGA